CGGGCUGAGAGUGCGUGGAGAGGCGGAGGAGAGUGUGGCGGCAUUAAGCAGCUCGGAGAUCAGUGGAUGCUGACAGAAGCACAGCUGCUGAUGGGAAGAGGGAGACAAGAGUGUGAAACAGAGCCGAGGCAGAGGAGGGGAGCAGAUACACUGUCCACACUCACCGUCACGGUGAUUGGGAUGGGAGGACGGCGGCGUCUCUGCAGCUACACAUAGGCGAUACUAGCAGAAAGGUGUUUUUCUGGAAACCUGCACCUCCACCUGAAGAUUUUGGCAAACUGCUACACCUCAAACCUUCACCUACAGCCUCUGCCAUCAACCUCUACCCGUCGCCAGUGAAUUCUGAGAGACAGCUUCAACUCACCAACAACCUGUUCUAGAUCUUGCCUUCAGCCUUUGUCACCGACCUGCAUCACUGCCUCACCUGUAGAUUCUGGCCUCCAGGCUGCAGCCUGCAUGUGACCCAAAGAGCACGUAACGUCAAAACAAAAAAAGCAGAGGACACACAUUUUAACAUUUGCAAGAUUAACAGAAGUUCAUUAAAUGUAUCCGUAUUGAUGACAUCAAUUCCCUCUUAAUAUUUACAGAUAAUUGUAGUUGUCUUCAUUUUGAAUGGACUUGAGAAGAUGAUCUGUAUCCUGACGAUGUUAAGGAGGAACUUUUCUAUUGCCACGUGAAGACCUAAGUGAAACAGCAGAGGCCAGGGACACACUCUAAAAAUGUAUCAUGUUGAGUGAAGGAAGAACACAAAGCCAUCGACAUGAAACAACAUUAUCUGGAGAACGGGACGCUGACGAUGAACUUCAUCCACCAGACUGAGCUCUUACUCCUCCCACAAUGCGCUGCCCUCAAGGAUACACCGAACUUCAUCAUGGUGAAAAUUUUUAUUGGCAACCUCGCCUGCAAUUCCGCACCCGAGGAGCUGCGUGAGCUCUUCGAGAAGUACGGAAAGGUCUCAGAAUGUGAUAUUGUCAAAAACUAUGGUUUCGUACACAUGAGCAACGUGUCGGAAGCAGAGGAGGCCAUCCGGAACCUCCACCAGCACCAGCUAAACGGCUGGCGCAUGAAUGUGGAGAUGAGCAAAGGGAGGCCCAAGUCCACCACCAAGCUGCAUGUCAGCAACCUCGGCGAAGGGGUAACCACUGACGUCCUGCGGGCCAAGUUCGGGGAGUUUGGCACAGUGGUGGAGUGUGACAUAGUGAAGGACUACGCCUUCAUUCAUAUGGAGCGAAUGGAUGACGCCAUGGACGCCAUCAGUAAGCUGGACAACACCGCCUACAAAGGCAAGCUGAUGAGCGUACAGCUGUCCACCAGUCGGCUUCGCACCGCCCCGGGAAUGGGAGAGCACACUGGCUGCUAUGUGUGCGGGAAACAUGGUCACUGGUCGAAAGAUUGUCCUGUCAGUCGGAACGGUAGCAACGGCGACGACACAAGAGGCCGGGGCGGCCGAGGCCCCCCACGCGGCCAUGGUUAUGGCAGGGGCGGCUACGAGAUGGCAUCUGCAGCAGCUGAUUUCAUGGGCGACUCUGCGUAUAGUCGUGCGAGUUACGUAGGUGGGAUGCCGCCUCCCCCUCGCAGGCUCAGCGGCUACAGUGCUGAGCUGGGGGAUCGGUACGCCGGCAGGGGAGCAAGCUCCUAUCCGGAGAGGUCACCAGCUUACGACCGUGGCCGCCUCUACAGCAGUGUUGACUAUUAUGAGAAGUUCAGAGCUCGCCCUUACGGCUCGAGCUAUUUCGAGGAUCGUCGCAUGUCCUAUCUCCCCCCUCCCCCACCUCCCCCCUCCUCCCUCUCAAAGCUCUCCUCCAGUAUAGAUCCAUAUGACCGUCGGUCACUGCCUUCGUCCUCAUCAGCUGCCGCAUACUAUGCACGGGACCGCAGCCCGAUCAGACGAGUGCCGGUCUCCUCGUCGGGCUAUGAGCGAACACGCCUGUCACCGGGGUCGGGCUCCCGGAGCUCCUACGCUGCUCCACGGCCCAAGGAUCAUUACGCGCCACGCUAUGCGCAUUACUAAAGCCCUCGUGCCAAGGUGAGCAACAUAGUAACCAAUGUGUGACAAUUUAUUAGUUCUCCGAACAGUGGGACGUUUAAAUGUAAAACGGUACUGGUCAGUGGGCACUGGGAUCCCGGAGAUCCUUUGUACCUUGGAUUUUUUUAGGGUAUUGAAUCCUUUGAAGCUGUGCUAUAGUGGGGGUUUGACCCUGUUUCUGAAAAGGGAAUUUGCUCUCUUUCUAGGUCUGUUUGUGAACCGCAAGACUUUCCCCUUUGCCGUCAUUUCUUCAAGCGCCGUGAUUCCAUCGGUCUGCGCGAGGUGCGGAAAUUAAGAUUGGAAAUUGUGUCGGCAUCUUCCGAGCACCUGAGAUGCCGGUUGCCUGCGGAUGAAUUGUUCUUUCAAUCGCAUUCACCUAACCUGUUUUCAAUAAGAAUGAACGGCACCGUUUGACAUUCAUGAUGUAUAAAACAAUAUGCUCACUCGCUCUGCAGGAUCCAGCUCAGUUUCAAGCCAUGUUCCUUUUUUGUUUCUUUGUUAAAUUCAGCAAAUGUCAAUUGUUUGGCUUCAGUUUGUCAUAUAGAAGAAGUGUUCUUGUUUCAAUAUAUGAAUAUGUACUUUCCUUUUUUGAGUGGAAUGAGGGUUAACCUGUGCUGCAUCAGUUGCUUGUGGUGCAGAAGAAUCUUGUCGUGCUUCUAGACACACAUGGACUUGAUAUACAUCGGUUAUAUGGAUAAAUAUAAAUGUUUUUUCAAAAAUGAUCAUCAUUAGUGUCUUAUCAAUGUGCUGUGAAGGUGAGGACACGGUAUGUUUCGUCACAGCAUAAACCGUUUAAAGGGUGAAGUACUCGGUAAGCGUUCUAGUGGUGGGUGAGGAAAAGAACCUGCUCUCUUUGGCCUCUGUAGCACAUGAAUGGACUCAGUGAUUGACACUGAAGACGACAAUAAAGAACUUAAAACCAUAUCCAUGAAACUGAAGUGGCUGAGGACACAGAAUCACACUUUGAGUUAGUACCUAUUUCAAGACAAAUAAUCGCAAACAUUCCAGCCUUUAUUUGAAUGUGUCUGCAAAAUAUAACAUUCAUACUUUUUUAUAACAAAUUGUCUGCUGAUCAGAAGUUUAAAAAAAUAAAAAUAAAAUUGAAUACAAUUUUUUGAAAAUAAGAACGGCAGCUGACAUGCACUGGGCUGCUAACACAGGAACACAUUGACUGUGUUUUUGUCCCACCGGUAAUGGCAACAGAAAAUAUCCCUUCAUCUGGUGAGUUUAAGUUUGGGAUAGAUGUUCAUACUAUCUAGCUACAGUAAUGUGAGGCAGGACUCGGGGAGUGUAAAUCGUGAGGCACUUGUUUUGUUGAAGGUGCCUUUCGUUUGUUUUUGCAUAUAGGUGGAUUUGAGGUUUGUAUUUUUCAUACUAGCUGUAAAAGUACCAGCAUGAUUACAAAAUCUAAAGUGAAUACGAUUUUUAAUGAAGCCAAAAUUAUUUUGGUGACACUUGACAUUCUUCUAUUCUUUGUUUGGAACCUGAUUUAAUGGUGUCUGGUUGUGGGUACAGGUCAUGGUUCAGAACUUUGGAAAGUCCUUCAAACUUAACCCUAAGUGAGCAAUAUGGAUCAAAUUGAAUGUCAGUGUGUAUUUUUUAAUGACUAAAUAUUCUUUGGACAACAACCAUUUGGAAUGUUACUGUCAGACCACGGUAUAAACGGUGUGGAGAAAUCUACAGUAGUGUCUAUGCAACAUUUGUUUAGAUCAGUGGUUGCCAGUAUGGGGGGUGGGAACUCCUCCAAGGGGUCUCUAAAAGUAUUGGUACAGGAAAGAAGAAAAAUGUUUAGUUUCCAGUCUUUUCUUUAACCUUUUAGAUAUGAUGACAGAGAAUACAAAUCUAUGUUUAACAGUUAUGGCCAUAAUUAAGGGCUACUUUUCUUCAACAAGUGCUUCUAUUACAUUUUAUUUUGUCAGCUAUUAGAAAAUGCAUCCUAGUCUUCAGUUAUUUUAAUAGUUGUUCGAACAGCGCACGCUGAAGAAAUGUAAAUAUAUUGCAAAUAUACAUAAACAAGAAAUGUUUCCAACUACAUUAUAAA